AUGGACGCGGCGGCAAAGCGAGGCUUCCCUAUUGCGGGAAAGGGCCGAACGGCCGAAAUUCAACCCAAGGAUCUGCCUAGAACUACUUUAAAGGCAUUAGGACCCUAUGUGCAAUGCAACAUAUGCGGGAGACUUUGCUCCAGACGUGGACACAUCAAGUGUGCCGAAUGCAAAUCAUUCAACUCCUGCGUGAAAUGUUUCUGCCAAGGGCUUGAGAAGCCGCCUGCAGAAGCUCACAACAGCUCAUUUGUUCAGCUGCCGGAGAAUGAGGACGCCAAGGAGCACAAAAACUGCCACAAGUAUACCCCAGUAGGACCGAAUGACUUCGCACUUUUUACCAAUGACUGGAGUGCCGAGCAGGAAAUAUUACUGAUAGACGGCAUCGCGAAAUAUGGACUGGGCAACUGGCAGGAAAUCAGCGAGAUGGUCUCGAUGACCUCGGUGGGGUACAAAUCGUGGGAGGAGUGCCAGCAGCAUUACUACAACGUGUACCUAAACUCUCCAACAGCACCUUUACCGGACAUGACAAGUAUCAUACACGGACCGAAUGGAGAGCCGGUACUAGUACCUCCCAGCACGGUGGUGCCGCCUAAAGAGGAGCCACCAACUGGUAAGGAUUGGACUAAUAAAUACCAAAAAAUGGCUGCAGUUACACAAACCAAGCCCGCCAACAAGCCGCAAGUAGUCGGAUACUGGCCACUUAGAGGCGACUUCGACAUUGAAUACGACAACGACGCGGAGCUCAUCCUAGCUGACAUGGAAUUCAGGCCGGAGGACACACCAGAGCAGAUCGAGCUCAAGCUCAAGGUUAUCGAGAUAUACAAUUCAAAGCUGGAUGAGCGCAUAUAUCGCAAGAAAAUCAUCAUAUCACGGGGACUGCUGGACGCCAAGGCUAUGCAGCAAAAAGAACGCCGUUGCACUGGAGAGGAAAAAGAACUGUACAACAUAUUACGCCCAUUCCUCAGAUUCCAAACGGUGGAGGAGCACGACCACACAGUACGUCUACUAGUGAGGGAGAGAAAGCUGCGCACGCGACUAUUCCAACUCAUGAUAUGGAAAGCGCUGGGGCUGGAGAAGAUCGAAGACAUCGCCGUACGUAUUAAAUGUAAUGCCCAUCAUCUUGAGCAGAAAUACGAGGAACGUAUGAGCAGAAUAGAUGCCUACAAGGAGCAGAUGAGACAGGAUGACCCCUGCCGAAGAAUCGAGCGCAGGCUGAGAAACCCGCAGGUGGACCACGAACUCAACAACCUCAACGUCAACAAGAUCAAAAUAUCGGAUUUCUUGGAAGAAAAAGAGGUGCAGUUCUGCGAGGCGCUACAACUCCCACCUGUGGCCUACUUCCUCGCAAAACGCGUACUGCUACACGAAGUCGCGUGCAACCCCUCGUACACUAUUGACGAUAUGUGCGGAGAGCUCAAAAUGGAUGGGACAAAACACGGUCGCGUAUUCGAUCUGCUGCUCUCUCUGGCACCGCGGGGAUUGGCAGACUUGCCUAACCAGGUAGCCGACCUGUCCAAGGCAACCUUGGAUAGCAACGGCUAUCUCAGCAACAGCGGCGUAGCAUCGCAGAUGUCCAUAUUCUCGGCGGGACAGAAUUUCCAAAGGCAGCCGCCUAACAAAAUCAGCAACUACUUUGUACAGAGGGAGGCGGCCGGCGAGAGGACACGCAAACAACACAGGCCAAAUCCACCUAUGGGGUGA